AUGCUGGUUGAUGAGUCACAAGAAAUACUAAAUGAGCUUGUCGCAGAUUUCGGAUGGACUCAUGAGUUUCUUUCGCAUCCGGUCGAAUAUGGGAGAUGCUCCUACUCACGGAAUCAUUGGGUUCCUGUAAAGUCUCUCACAACACACAAUAAUUAUUGCUCAUUACGUCAACAAGGUUUCGUUAAGGAAGAGAUAGAUGUCAUGAUACCCAAUUCUAGUAUAUGUACGGCUGAAUGUUCUCAACCUACAUCUGAUUGGACAAAUGAUCCAUCUUGGAUUAUGAAUAUGCAGGCAUUUUCCACAGAUAAAUCUCAUCGGUCAUCUAAUAAUUCAUCACAAGAUGUAUCUAAAUUAGAAGUUUUAUCUAUGAUGAGAGAUGCAAAACGACGUCGUCAAAGCUAUAGAGGAAUACAUACUGCAAGAAAAUCUUAUACUGAAGUAUUACGUGAAAUUAUAGCACAACAAACUGAAAUGUUGACAGCCAGUCAAGAAUUGUCAGAACAACAGUCUGGAGAUAAAAGAUCUAGUAGUGUAGAAUCACUUUCAAAUCAAACUGAAAAUGUUCAUAAAAGAAGUCACUAUUCACAUAAAUAUAAAACACCGGAUACUUCACGAACACAACACUAUUCUCCUUCGAAUUCUCCAUCGUCAUCAUCAACAACUCGACGAUACAAAGAAACUUAUAGAAAUACAUCCAAAUCAACUUUAAAGCAUACACAUCAUCAAUCAUCCAAAUGGAAUGAUAGAAGACAUUCAUCUUCAGCAUUAUCACCAUCAUCAUCACCAUCAUUAUCAUCAUCAUCUAAACAUUGGACUUCUAGUUCAGAGAUGAACAAAAGUUUUCAUCAUGAUAAUGAUGUUGUUUCUCCGGUGCAUAAAAAGUUGAAAAAACACAAAAAACAUUCUAAACAUAAACAUAAACAUAAAAGUAAGAAGUAA